AUGAAAUUUGCCGAACAUUUAUCAGCACAUGUUACACCCGAAUGGAACAGUCAGUAUAUUCGUUACGAUGAUAUGAAAGAAUUGCUGGCACAAGCGGUUGCCAAAGCACAACCGUUUGUGGAUGACAGUGACAAUAUUCUACGUGAACAAUUUUUCUUUCGUGUUGAUGAACAUUUUUUUCAGUAUUGCGAAAAAGAAGCGACGAAGAUCAAUACAUUUUUUGCGGAGAAGAUUGCUGAAGCUUUACGACGUUGGGAAACGUUGAAAAGUGAAGUUGGCCAUAUAGAACAGUCUCGUCGUCAUGUAUCGCAUCGUUCAGGUGCAUCAGGUGCCGAGCCGUCUGGAAACAAUGAAGUACAUGAUGAAACGAAGUCAUCGACGAUAAAACGUCGUUCGGAGGAUCAAACUGCCAUCACACCAUUAACACGUGUGUUGCCAGAACGUUUAGUGGAAAAGACACGUGAAAAACAAACACAACGCGUGCAAUAUCGCAAGCGAAAUGAUUUGAAACUAGCGUUCAGUGAAUUUUAUUUGAUGUUAGUUUUGUUGCAAAACUAUCAAACAUUGAAUUUUACUGGUUUUCGUAAGAUAUUGAAAAAGCAUGAUAAAUUAUUUCAAACUACACGUGGUGAAGAAUGGCGAAAGCUGCAUAUUGAUCCAGCUCCUUUCCAUACAUCGAAACGGGUUGAACAGUUGAUUAGUGAUGUUGAAACGCUGUACACUGAUACAUUGGAAUCAGGGAAUCGAGCGCGUGCAAUGAAACGUUUACGUGUGCCACCGUUGGAAGAAAAACAAUCACCUGCUGUGACAUUCCGUGUUGGAAUAUUUGUCGGAAUGAUUUGUCUCCUACUUCCUGCUGUUAUCGCUCUUGGAGCCAAUCUUCAUGAUAGUCAAUCAACGAAACCACUCGCUUGGCGACAAGCAUUGUUUCUUUAUCGUUCAACAUUUCUUAUUGUUCUUCAUAUAGUUCUAGUCGGCAUCAACGUUUACGGUUGGUCAUCAUCAGGUGUCAAUCACGUUCUUAUAUUUGAAAUCGAUCCUCGGAAUCACCUUACUUAUCAACAAUUUCUUGAGAUUGGUACAUUUCUUUUUGUUUUAUGGUUUUUAAGUUUUACAGGAUUCAUUUUAUCAUCUUAUUUUGAUUUUCAUCCAUUUAUACAACCGCUUGGUUUUGUUACACUCAUACUUUUAUUUCUGUUCAAUCCAACGCAUACGCUUUACCAUCAUGCACGAUUCUGGUUUCUGAAAAUUCUAGGUCGCAUUAUCUGUGCCCCAUUCUACCGUGUCGGUUUCGCUGACUUUUGGCUUGGCGAUCAGUUGACAUCACUCGAAUUGAUCUUUUUCGAUAUUGAGUAUUUCUUUUGUUUCUAUAUCUAUGAUGUCGGAUGGUGGCCAGUGUACUCGUCCUCUCCAACACGUGGCGUACUUUGUCAAGGUUGGCCUCAAGUCCUUCUGCAAACCGUUUUGAUGAUCUUGCCAUCAUGGUUUCGAUUUGCACAAUGCUUGAGACGUUACCGAGAUACGAAACAGAAAUUUCCGCAUCUUGUCAACGCCGGCAAAUAUGCUAGCGGCUUCUUCGUCAUGGGAACGAAUGCAGCACGACGUGCCACAGCGAUACAUUAUCUCGAUAGUCCCACAUCGAAUCCUUUUUUAUACAUUUGGAUCAUUGCUUCGUUCAUUGGUGCAACUUACAAAGUUAUUUGGGAUUUGAAAAUGGAUUGGGGAUUCUUCGAUAAAAACGCCGGCGAAAACAAGUUCCUACGCGAUCAAAUUGUUUAUCCAUCCAGAUUCUAUUACUAUGCAGCCAUUGUCGAAAACGUCCUCUUUCGUUACAUAUGGGUGGUUAACGUUUUCAUGCAGUUUCGGACACGUUCAGCUGAAUAUGCUGAUGUCAUUGGCUUCAUAUUUGGUCUAAUUGAAAUCUUUCGACGAUUUGUUUGGAACUACUUUCGAUUGGAAAACGAACAUUUGAAUAACUGCGGAGAAUUUCGAGCUGUACGUGAUAUAUCAAUUGCACCGAUAUCAACCGUCGUUGAUCAUGGAACAUUAGAAGAGAUGAUGGACAAAGAUAUGGGAAUCAAAAAUCGACGGAAAGGCAAACGACACGAUUUAUCACAAAAGAUUAAUAAAACAUUCAUGGAUGAUAAUGAAGUUACAAUUGGCCGAACAACUUCGAUAAACUCCAAUCCAAUCAUUGAAGAGUUAAAUACCACCAUUGAAGCUCUCAAGCCACAGACAUCUCAUGACGAAUCUUCAGAAAAUCACGCCUUUUUAUGA